CAGACACCCUGGAAGAGCAGGACCAUGGCCAAGGAGUGGGGCUACGCGAGCCACAACGGUCCCGACCACUGGCAUGAGCUCUACCCGAUCGCCAAGGGAGACAACCAGUCGCCCAUCGAGCUGCACACCAAGGACAUCAAGUACGACUCGUCCCUGCAGCCCUGGUCCGCCUCCUACGACCCGGGCUCUUGCAAGAGCAUCCUGAACAACGGGAAGACCUGCAGGGUCGUGUUUGAUGACACCUACGAUCGCUCGAUGCUGAGGGGCGGCCCUCUCAGUGGACCCUACCGGCUGCGCCAGUUCCAUCUGCACUGGGGCUCCGCCGACGACCAUGGCUCCGAGCACACCGUGGACGGGGUCAAGUACUCAGCCGAGCUGCAUUUGGUUCACUGGAAUCCGAAGUACAACACGUUCGGGGAGGCUCUGAAGCAGCCCGAUGGCAUAGCCGUGGUCGGCAUUUUUCUGAAGAUAGGACGGGAGAAAGCCGAGUUCCAGCUGGUUCUUGACGCUCUGGACAAAGUGAAGACAAAGGGCAAGGAGGUGCCCUUCACCCACUUCGACCCGUCCUGCCUGUUCCCCGCCUGCCGGGACUACUGGACCUACCACGGCUCCUUCACCACACCGCCCUGCGAGGAGUGCAUCGUCUGGCUGCUGCUCAAGGAGCCCAUGACCGUGAGCUCCGAGCAGAUGGCCAAGCUGCGCAGCCUUCUGUCCAGCGCCGAGAACGAGCCCCCGGUGCCCCUGGUGGGAAACUGGCGCCCGCCGCAGCCCAUCAAGGGCCGGGUGGUGAGAGCCUCCUUCAAAUGAGCCCUCGCGGGAGGGGCCGCCGGGGGGCCUGUCCCGCCU